GUGGGAUGGUCCAUUGAAGCUUUCUACUAUAGUAUUGGGGAAAUCUUCCAUCUGUCAGGAGGUGUGUUUCCGGCCUAGUAAUGACAGAAGCCGCGGUCUGACAGUAAGCGUGCACCCGGUCUGUCAGUGACUGUUUAGGGGAGGCCUCACGACCUCUCUUUGGGCUGUCCCGUGAUGGCGGUGUGUGCCAGGUUGUGUGGUGUGGGGCAGUCUGGAGGAUGCCGGAGGAGGCAACAGCGGAGAGGUACAGCGAGCGAUCCGGACACCGAUCCGGAGAUGGAGGAGGAUGAAGUACGGAUCGAGGCUGGGGUGACCUCCGUUGGGCAGGUACCGCGGAGACCACGUUCACUGCUGCAGCUCCCACCUGAGAUCUUGGUCGAGAUCUUCUCUUCACUGCCGGGAACCGACCUACCUAAGCUGGCCAGGGUCUGCAAGAAGUUCCGCCAGAUCCUCACUACUGACACUAUCUGGAAGAGGCGCUGCACGCAGGAAUACGGUGUCUGUGAAAAUCUGAGGAAACUGGAAGUCACAGGUGUCUCCUGCCAAGAUGUUUACGUCAAACGUAUAAACCCACGUGUGAAGUCGGGACGGUUUAUGAAAAUUCUUCCAGAUUAUGAACACAUGGAGUACAGAGAUGUAUAUACAUGCUUGCUGCACCAAUACCGACACAUCUUAGGACUGUGGCAGCCUGACAUUGGGCCUUAUGGGGGUCUUCUUAAUGUGGUGGUAGAUGGGUUGUUCAUUAUUGGCUGGAUGUAUUUGCCACCCCAUGAUCCUCAUGUAGAUGAACCAAUGAGAUUGAAACCCAUAUUUAGAAUUCAUCUGAUGGAGAGAAAAUCAGCUACUGUGGAAUGUAUGUAUGGACACAAAGGACCUCAUACUGGGGAAAUCCAGAUUGUUAGCAAAGAUGAAUUUGCUACAAAGUGUACCCAGACAGAUUAUCACAGGAUGUCAGGAGGAAGACAAGAGGAAUUCAGAACCUGGUUGCGGGAGGAUUUGGGGCGAACACUAGAGGAUAUUUUCCAUGAACAUAUGCAAGAGCUAAUUUUAAUGAAAUUUAUUUACAUCUGUCAGUGCGAUAACUCCCUCACAUAUCGGCGUAUUUAUCAUCCGCCCACCCAACCUGGAGAUCUGCUGCAUGCUGGAUUCUUUAAGGGAACCUAUGGGAGUCAUGGUUUAGAGAUAGUCAUGCUCAGCUUCCAUGGAACAGUGGCCAAGGGGACAAAGAUAACAGGAGACCCCAAUGUCCCAGCCGGCCAGCAGACACUUGAAAUCGACCUUACAAGGCCUAUAAAUCUCCCUAAUGUGGAGCAGCUACGCAAUUUUGAGGAGCUUUCUCGACUUAUUCUGGAUGCCCAGGCUCAGAUACAGAGAGAGCAACAGCAGGUGGAACAAGCAGAAGAAGGAGGGAGAGGCGCUGAAUAUCUGCAAGCUUCUGUGCACGUGCCACAGUCAGAGGAGGAAGCCGCUAAUGGAAUGGCUGAAGAAGAAGGUGAAGACCUUCAGCCCCCCGGCAUGCAGUCGUUUGUACUUCCAGUGGAUGUGAUGGCUCGAAAUGAAGAAUAUCCUCGUAGCUGCAAAAUGUGCUGUUAUGGCACUGGUCUCAUUGCUGGCCAUGGUUUCAGCAGCCCAGAACGGACGCCUGGCCUUUUUAUCCUAUUUGAUGAUGAUCACUUUGGGUUUAUAUGGCUGGAGCUGAAAUCAUUCAGCCUUUACAGCAGAAUGAGAGACAGAUUCCAGAACUCUGAAGCAUCAUCUCUAGAAGCCUUUGAUAAAAUGCUGCAAAAUAUGCAAUCUUGGACAUCAUAGAGCUGCCCGUAUGAAGUCCUGGAGGAAGGAAGUGAGCUGACAAACUGGAACGGUCACACCACUGUUCGCAAUCAAGGAAAGACUUUUGUAACCUUGGUACCUCGAAUAUCAAUGCAUGCACUUUCCACGCAGUCAUUUUUAGCUACAUUUCAGAAGUUGCUUUAAAAAAAGCUCCUUUUAAAUGUGUAUAUACUAAACAUAUAUGUAAUAUAUUAAUAUAUAAUACAGCCUCCUUAUAAUUUCAGGUGAUAAAGACAAAAUGGCAAGGGCCUAUUUUUUUAAAA